AUCGACUUUCGAUUCAUCCCUUCGCUUCCACAUUCGUUUCUUUUGAAUAUAUUCAAGUUCUCUCCUUUCACUUUCACCAUGAAGACUGGCUCUUUCCUCUCUCUGCUGGCGGCCCCCUUGGCUGUCGACGCCCACUACAUCUUCAACCUCGUGACCAACAAAGGUCAGACUGUCGGAGGCGAAUACGCCUACGCCCGCAAGAACACCAACUCGUACCAGCCCUCGUACGCCAAAGACAUUGUCAACUCGCCCGACCUUAGGUGCAACCAGGGAGCCAAGCCCGGCAACACGGGCACCUACACCGUCAAGGCUGGUGACACGAUUGGCUUCAAGCUCUUCUUCAACGAGAAGAUUGAGCACCCCGGCCCUGGAUUCGUCUACGUCUCCAAGGCGCCUGGCAAGGUUGCCGACUACGAUGGCAGCGGCGAGUGGACCAAGGUCGUCGAGCUUGGCCUCACCAACCCCAGCACGCCCGGCGUCGACACUGCGUGGGCGACGUGGCAGAAGGACCAGAUCGAGUGGACCAUCCAGGAGCAAAUCCCCAAGGGCGAAUACCUUGUGCGCGUCGAGCACAUUGCCAUCCACGAGGGCCACGUUGGAAAGGCCCAGUUCUACAUGGAGUGCUUCCAGCUCAACAUCGAGUCCUCGGGCGCCGGUACUCUUGGCCCCACUGUGAAGAUUCCCGGUCUCUACAGCGCUGAGGACCCCGGUAUUGCUUUCAACAAGUGGAGCAACCCCACGUCCUACCCUAUGCCCGGCCCCAAGCUCUGGAACCCGUCUGGAGGCAGCGGUGCCUCUGGCAGCAGCACGCCCAGCAGCAGCACGCCCAGCAGCGGACAGCCUGCCAGCAACCCCGCCAGCAGCCCCGCCGCCGAAAAUGAACAGGCUGCCAGCAGCCCUAACGGCCAAAGUGGACAACCUGCUGGCAGCCCUAACGGCCAAAAUGGACAGCCUGGUGGCAACCCCAACGGUAAUGGACAGUCUGGUAGCAGCCCCUACGGUAACUGGGGACAGCCUGCCGGCAACAGCCCAUACGGCCGCCGCACCUCACACUGAUGCGAACUGCGACUCGACCAAGUCGGCCCAGUAAGCGCAAAAGUCGUCCGUAGCGGAGGAGGAAGACACGGAAGGGAAGGGAAUCUUUUCAUCAUCCGCCCUAGCGGCGCUAUUUUCGAUCUACAUGUGCAUGCAGUACUUAGCUCUAGGGCAAUGUGAAUAUGCAAUUUACGCUUUAUACCCG